UAAUGACGGUAAUGACGUACGUGAUGUCAUGAAGCAUCAAUGAACUGUCUUCUGUAUUUUCUAUCGGAAUAGGUGUAGUAUCCCUCACCUUCUUACGUAAAUAACCUUAAAAAUUAUAAAAAUUCGUAGUUUUUAUUUGAUUUUAUCAAUAUUAUACACGAUUCGCUGUCAAGAAGAGUACUGUUAUUACAUUAUUAUCUGCAAUAAUGGCUUUUCAAUCACCUAUGCCAAACCGCGAAUUUCUUUGGAACGUUUUUCAAAGAGUUGACAAGGAUCAAUCUGGAGCUAUUUCUGCUGAUGAAUUACAACAAGCCCUAUCUAAUGGAACAUGGACUCCUUUUAAUCCAGAAACAGUUCGUUUAAUGAUCGGUAUGUUUGAUAUUGAAAAAUCUACUCCCGAUCCUUCAGGUAUGUUUGACAAAAGUGGAAAUGGAACAGUCAGUUUUGAUGAAUUUGGAGCUUUGUGGAAAUACGUAACCGAUUGGCAAAAUUGCUUCCGUUCUUUUGAUCGUGAUAACAGUGGGAAUAUAGAUCGUAAUGAAUUGAAAACUGCACUCACUAAUUUUGGAUAUCGAUUAUCUGACGGUUUAGUUGACAUGUUGGUAAGGAAGUAUGAUCGACUUGGACGAGGAACUAUUUAUUUUGAUGAUUUUAUUCAAUGCUGCAUAGUAUUAUACACUUUGACAUCUGCAUUCCGUAAAUAUGAUGCUGAUCAAGAUGGUGUUAUUACUAUUCAUUAUGAACAAUUUUUAAGUAUGGUGUUUAAUUUAAAAAUUUAAUAAUUCCAGGAUUAAUUUCAAUGUUUGCCAAAAAAAAAAUAAAAUAAAAUAAAAUAAAUAAAUUAUAUAUUCAUUAAUCAUCGUCUGUUAUCAUUACAAUAUAUAUACACAGUAAACAAAUAUUGUAUUAAAAUCAAAAUAAUCUGUAUUUAAGAAACGGCCUACACAAUAUUUAUAUUUUUUUUAACACAGACCGUUUGUGUUGAACUUAAACACUAAAUUUGUGUUAAAAUUUAAACACUAAAUUCUGGUAAUACAACGAGUAAAUUCAACGCUUAUUAUAUGUCAGUGGCGAUACAAAAAAUAAUGUUAACUUUUACAUUUUAUUUUCGUACUAUGAAUAUACAUUAAAUUUAAUUUAUAUAUUAUUUUGAGGCUAUCAAAAGUGAUAACAAUUGUUGUUUAAGAUUGAACUGUUUUUUGACAGUACACUACAUGUUUUUAUUAGAGUCAAAAUUUUUCAAAAAUCACGUAAACAUUCCAGAUUUUAGUAAGUGGUAAAUUUAUGAAAUAAAUAAUAAAAAUUUUCAAGUUGAAUUGACAUUUAUGAAAUUUCAAUUUCACAUUCAAUUUUCUAAUAAGUUUUCCGUGACUAUCGGUUGAGUUUUGAACAUAAAUUUAGUGUUAAUUUUAAAGUAACACUUAAUAAAUCUUGAUAAUUUUUAUUUUUGUCGUACGUAUCACUUUUAAAGUGUUAAAUAGUAGAUCGAUUUAAAAUUUUAAAGUGUCGCAGUGAAAUGUGUUGAUUUAACACAAAAAGUUUAAUAGGGACCGUUUUUAACACAGAUACUUAAUAUUUUUUACUGUGUAUUGAAAACAUCUUUUGAAAAAACGUUAAAAAAUUUUUUUAAGUUCUUAAUUAAUCAUUCCUGUUACAAAUUUUUAUCUAUAUUUUUAUAAUGACUAUUUAAAGUUUCAAAAUAUUUUUAUAACAUUUAUAUAGACUAAACUUAAAGUUUGAUUUUUAAAUUACAUUGUGUCAAGACAAUUUUAAAUUUAUAAUUUUGACGAAUAAUUAAAUUAAUAUGUUAUAAAUUGUGUUUUUUAAAACAAAAAUGUCAACUUACAGCAUCAUAGUAUUAAUAAAAUAUCAAUUCUAUCCGCUUAUCCG